AGGACGUGAGAUAUGUGGUCAGACAAGCCUUAUACAAAUCCAUAGAUCUUGGUUACUAACAGCUUCCCCUGGGAAAACAUAGCACAAACACAACAAACUGCAGCUUAGCUUCUAAACUGUGAUUUAUGGCAACCUCCAAAUUAGAUACAAUUAUGAGUGAAGAAGAAUUUGCCACAUUUGUAGAUGGACUUCCGAGGGAGAAAUGGAGGAGACCUGUUAAUUUUUGUUAUCAGUGGGACGGCUACUGGUACCGUAUAGACUUCUUAAAAGCAGCCAUAGCAGCUCAAUCUGGUUUCUUAGCUCGGUAUGAUGAUGUUAUUCUUGCUUCAUCUAUGAAAACGGGUAAGCUACCCUCGAGUCAAUUGCUUCGUUAUUAAAGUUGCCAUGCUUUUUCAUUAAGACACUUUAAGUAGGUUUUGUUUCGAUUGAACUCAUGUAGUAAGUCCAAAUUGUACAAAUCAGACACGGUUGAGUGCGUGAGUUGUAGAAAGUUCUUUGGCUUGAUGUUUCUUUCGUAGUUUGGUAAAAAAAAAAUGAAUCACAAUUAGUAGGAUUUUCUAAGUGCAAAUUAGAGUAUUAAGAGAUGAAAAUGGGUAUAAACAUACAUUUAUGUCAAAAAUACUCCAAGGAUAUCAAUAGGAUCGGGAAUGUUUACCAAAAACACUGGUAUCUGCAAAUUUGUAAGACCAUGUAUAGGGGCUAAGCCUGGUGCCGGAAGGUCAAGGAAGUUGGUGACCUAAUGACACCGGAGCCGGUGAUCGAAGCUCCAGUGAACGGCAUAGAGAACAAUGAACACGAGCAUUUUAUGGGUGCAACUCACGCUAUCAACUAUACCAGUGAAAUGUGUCUGGUUGGUACACUUUGGAUGUACUAUAGGUGUUCAAUCGGAACAAGGCCUACUUGAGGUGUCUAAAUGAAAUACCAUGGCAACUUUAAGUGUCUCUAUAUGUAUCUAUAAUAUAUGUCGAAUCCCCUUGACUUUUCGUGUGUAUACUUCUUUAUGUUUUGACUCUUAUUAUUGCAAAAUCUGGCUCCGCCAUUGACUGGUACUACUUGGCUCAAAGCUCUUAUCCCUUGCAUCAUGGCCCUUAACAGAGAUAAUAUUGAUCAAGAGGAGGAUGACCCUUUACUAACAAACCACCCAAACCAACUCAUGCCAUCUAUUGAAAUAUCAAUAUUCAACCCAAAGAACCUAGAUUCUGAUGUCCUUAACAUUGACGAAAUGCCUUCACCUCGACUCUUUCGGACUCACCUGCCUUAUUCCAAGCUUCCAGAGUCGAUCAAGAAUGACAAUUCCAGCUGCAAAUUAGUGUACAUUACCCGCGAACCUAAAGAUGUUUUUGUGUCGUUAUGGCACUUCAUGAAUUCGAUAUCCAAUGCAGAGCCUUGUCCAAAGAUGGAUGAAUAUUUCGAUAGUUUCUGUAAAGGCAUUCAUCCUUUUGGCCCCUUUCAUGACCAUGUUUUGGAGUACUGGAAUGAAAGUUUGAAGAAACCCGAGAAGAUACUUUUCUUGAGGUAUGAAGAGAUUAAAAAAGAUCCGAAAGGUCAAGUGAAGAAGUUGGCUGAGUUUCUUGGCAGACCUUUUGCGAACGAGGAGGAGCUUGAUAAUGUCCUUUGGAGAUGCAGUUUGGAGAGGCUGAGGAAUCUUCAGGUUAACAAGAAUGGCUUGGAACCUUCUCUUGGCAUUCCUAAAUUUGCUUAUUUCCGAAAUGGUCUUGUUGGGGACGGGAAGAAUUCCCUCAAAAAGGAGAUGCAAGAACGUCUUGAUCAAAUUACACGCGAAAAAUUUGAAGGCACUGGCUUAGAUCUUCAAGUUAUUUAAGUCUCUUCUCUUAUUGUUUCCAGGCAAAACACCAUUUGUGAUUUAUCAGCCGGCACUGUUGUAGGUGAUGUAUAUAUAUUGUUGUUGCUCUUAUUGUUUCCAGGCAAAAA